AUGUCGGAGAAAUUAUUGGUACCUAUCGAUCGCGAGUUAUUGGAGUUUUACGCUUUUUAUAUCGGAAUUUUGGUCUUAAAAUGUCUAUUUAUGAUCGUUCAUGUUGGAUUAAGCAGAGUUUAUUACAGGGUUCCGAGGAAUCCUGAAGAUGGUGCCCCAUUCAAAGCAAAGGUUUAUACCAAUGAACUGGUAGAAAGAAAUAGAAGAGCACAUCAGAAUGAUCUAGAAAACAUACCCUUCUUUAUCGUGAUUAGUUUUCUAUACCUUUUGACCAAUCCCUCAUUGGAGCCUACGCAAUGGAUAAUUAGAACGUACGUCAUAUCCAGGAUUGUCUACACGUUUGUGUACACGGUGUUGAAAUCGAUCUGGAGGAUUCCUGUAUACGAAGUGGGACUCUUCAUCAAUUGGUAUCUGACUGGAAGUGUAAUUUACCAUUUUAGUGGUGCUGGUAAAUAA